CCUGUGAGAAUCCGAGCUUCCAUGGAGCUCAGGAGGGGAUGGAGAUGUGGGGUGAGGGGACCUCUGGGGCUGGUGCAGCCUCAUCAUGGGCUGGGAGCAGCUCGGGCAGCUCCUGGUCCAUCAGGGUGUGGGAGCUGGGCCAGUGCUGGAGGAAAUCCAUCAUUUCCCUUGUCCUUGUGCUGGUGGGGCCGCAGGCUCAGGAAGGACCAAACCCUAACAGGGGCUUUGCUCCUGUCCGGCCGGUGCAGAGUCACCAGGGUUGAGGACAAAGCACCUCGAGGCAGCGCCUGGAGGAGGAGGAGAAGGCAGAGAGGGAUUUCCAAGCAUGGGGAAGUGGGAAUUUCCUGCCCUUGGCACAGUCUCACCCGUGGGGAUGUGAAACAUGUUUAGCAAAACAUGGAGAAAGACUCACUGUCCUGGGUGAGGGGAGGAUGGAUCGCUCCAAGGGAUCACUUAUCCCAUCCAUCCCUGUGUGCCCUGCACCGAACGUGGUCCUUGUGACCUGGGCGAUUGUGUGUGGGGCACAGGACUUUCCAGGGAGGAGGUCCUGGCACUCAAAGCCCUUGGCUGCAUCUCUUGCCUGGCUGAUAAAGAUGAAGGGAAGGGAAUCGCCUUCCCUGGAUGCCCCUCAGCCUAGCUUUUCCCCACGCCUGCCAGGAAGUGGCUCACGGAAGGUGGGUGUGGGUGGCAGCGAUGGGGGUCAGGGUCGCUGGGCAGCUUUCGUGGUCACUCACCCCCUCCGUGAGUCACAUCCUUCACUGCGUUGGCUGCUUUCGUCCCCUGCCCUGGUGGAGUGACCACGAGCCGUGGCCAAGAGCAGCCCCCGUGCGAGGGACGAGGGGCUGGGGCCACGCGGGCUGCCUCCCUGCUGGCCGCCCACCUAUCCUUGCCACCCCAGCUCUCCUGCGGGCUGCGGGGUGAAGGUGGCCGGGCUGGGCGUCCCUCAUGGGGACAGGGACACUGAGGCGCCCACAGGCCCUGCGUCAGCAUCACCGCCAGCUUCAAAACGCGGUGCCAAGGAGGCCGGGGAGGAAGUGAGAGCCGAGCCCAGCACCAUGUCGGAGCUGGAGCAGCUGCAGCAACGCGACAUCCCGGCCGGCCGGCAGGUCCUGCGCGACCACCACUGCAACCUCCACAGGGUCGCCGACUACUGCGAGAGCAACUACUUGGAGGCGAGCGACAAGCGGAAGGCGCUGGAGGAGACGAUGGCGCUGAGCACGCAGUCCCUGGCCAGCGUGACGUACCAGGUCAGCAGCCUGGCCACUGCCUUCCUGCGGCUGCUGGACCUGCAGGCGGCCGAGCUGCGGAAGGUGGAGGCCGAUGUCAGCUGUGUGGCCCAGAGGGUUGAUAUGCACAAGGAGAAGGUGUCUCGCCGUGAGAUUGGCUCGUUGACCGUCAGCAAGAGGUUCCCAUCCUACCAGAAGAUCAUGGUGCCCCCCAACCCUCCCUGCCUGGAGCCCUACUACAGGAAACCCCUCAACUUCAGUGUCCUGGAUGACAUCGGCCACGGCAUAAAGGACCACAGCACCCAGCUCUCCCGCACGGGCACCCUGGCUCGGAAGGGGAUCAAGUCGUCAGCGCAGGCUGUGGGCACCCUGGGGAGAAGCGCCCGCGUCCCCGAGCCCAUCCAGCCGCCCGUGGUUCCUGAGGGGAAGGUCAUGGCCCCGUCUGCCUCCUCGCUGGUGUCCAACAGCUUGAGCGGAACCCCUACAGCCCCUGGGGAGGGCGUCCCCGCACCGCCGCCGCUCCCCGUCCUGCUGGCUCCAUCGCCACCACCUGCAGCCCCCGUCCCACCGCCCCCACCGCUCCCUGGGGUCCUGGACCCCCCACCACUGGGCGACUUGGCCAUGUCUGGGAUCCCGGACCCUCCACCACUGGGAGACCUGGCUGCGUCCUUGCUGGACCUCGUGCCCCCGGCCCUGGAUGACCUGGAGCCGCCGCCUCCAGCUUUGCCCGACUAUGAGGAUGUGUCCCUCCCGCCGCCGCCCAGCGCAGAGGAUCCCCCCUGGGCCCCGGAGAGCUACUUGGAGAAAGUGGUGACCCUCUACCCCUACACGCGUCAGAAGGACAACGAGCUCUCCUUUGCACCCGGCGCCCUCCUCUUCGUCACACGGCGCUACUCGGACGGGUGGUGUGAGGGCAUCAUGGGCGACGAAGCGGGAUUCUUCCCCAGCAACUAUGUGGAGCCUUUCUGAGCGCUGAAGCUGGGCAGCCCCCGCACCCCAGCUCCCCGCACCCCUCUCAGGCAGGACUGCGCUUUGCCUUUGCCCAUUGGCUUCGCUCAGCUGGGAUUUCACACAGCUCAGCCCUCGCAUGGGCAGCCGGGCUGGGACUGCUGCAUCCCAGCCGCCUCCAGAGCAUCCCCUGCCCGCCUUCGUUUACUUUAUUGCUUUAAUUUCACCAGUGCUGGGUGCUGCUGGCGCUGGGCAGGCUCAGCACCCGGGCACUGCAUCUGUGCUGAUGGAAAUGCUUGGCCUGGCCCGGGCGAUGCUCCCGGCCCCACCGGAGACGUGAGGGCAACGCAGGAUGGAAGCACGGACACAGGAGCUGGGGAUGAGCACCCGCAGUGACAAGGAGAGCAGCAGCCG